UGGAGCUGGAGCUCGUCCUCGCUGGGCCAGUGGUCCCGUCCGCUCGGCGGCACCGGAAAAAAUGAUUUCCGAAAGCAGUUCUUUUGUGAAAGGCAUGGUGUUAGGAGGACUCUUCUGUGUAUUUGUUACACUCAUAGGACAUAUUAAGAUGGGCCACGGGACUAAAGCACAACACCAUGAGCAUCAUCAUAUUCAAGCACCUAACAAAGAAGAUGUCUCAAAUCUGUCAGAAGGUGAGCGCAUGGAGCUCAGCCAUAGUAUCCGUGUUUAUUGUAUCAUCCUUGUAAAACCUAAAGAUCUUGGCAAUUGGGCUGCUGUGAAAGAAACAUGGAGCAAACACUGUGACAAGGCCGAAUUCUACAGUUCUGAAAGCGUUAAGGUGUUUGAUUCUGUUGUUCUCAACACAAAUGACGUGUGGAUGAUGGUGAGAAACGCUUAUAAAUUAGCAUAUGAACGCUAUAAAGAUGAGUACAACUGGUUCUUUCUAGCACAUCCAACGACAUUUGCUGUUAUAGAAAAUCUCAAAUAUUUCUUGCUGAAAAAAGAUGCAUCACAGCCUUUUUAUAUAGGUCAUACUGUAAAAUCAGGAGAGCUUGAGUAUGUAGAUGAUGAUGGAGGAAUUGUCUUAAGUAUAGAGUCCCUAAAAAGACUCUCUAAAAUUUUUGAAGACCCUGAUAAGUGUCCAGAACAGGGAGGCUUGAUUUGGAAACUCUCUGAGGAUAAACAACUAGCAGUCUGCCUGAAAUAUACUGGAGUAUUUGCUGAAAAUGCAGAAGAUUCUGAAGGAAAAGAUGUCUUUAACACCAAAUCAGUUGGUUCUCUUAUUAAAGAAGCAAUGGCUAAUCACCCUCAACAAGUAGUAGAGGGAUGCUGUUCUGACAUGGCCAUCACUUUCAAUGGAUUGGCUCCUAACCACAUGCAUGUAAUGAUGUAUGGUGUUUAUAGGCUCAGAGCAUAUGGGCACAAUUUCAAAGAUGCACUGGUUUUCUUACCUCCCGCAGGUUCAGACAAUGACUGAUAUCUGUUCAAAGAAAGCAUAUGUAUUGUGUAGAACAUGCAGUCAGCUGUUAAUGCAUAAUGUGACUUGCAUGUAUACAAGCUGGUGCAAUUUUUGUAUUUGAUGGUAUCUGUGUAUUUUUUGCACAUCAGGGUUUGGUCAUUUUAGUUUUAAAAGGGGGAAUCUUUUUUCUAAAACUUUUAUACAAAAAUGUUUCUGGCUCUUGACUGUGUUGGAAUGAAAAAUGUUAAUGGUAAUGCUAAAAUCUUUGUGUGAUAAAGGAAAUGAAUUUAUAGGGGAUGUUUGUAUGGCUAAAUAUUUAUAAGUGAAAACAAAUGAAUCUUAAUCUAUUGUAAUUUAAAUAUAUUUUUGCAAGAUUUUUUGA